CCAACGGUAUCGCAUGCCGCUAGCUGCAAAUAAACAAACGCGAGGAAACUAACCGUGCAGUGUUAUGAUGAAAAACUGGUGCCGGUUUUCGGACGAGGUGUUCCUUUUGUAGACCCGGUGACGGACGAACCCUUUGGAUAGAGUGCAGUGUGUAAUAUAGCAAGAUGCCGAAGAUUUUCCUCAUCAAGAAACGCCUGUACGAGCAGCAGCUCGGGCUGCAGGAGGGUCAGGAGCUUCUCGCGAGCAAAUCUGACCCGCUCUGCCCGGGGUCCCCGCUGGACGAUGGACCCAUCCCCCUGCUGUCGAAGAAAGACAAGGAAUAUGAUCGAGACGUGUUUAAUGAGAACAGAGGAAAAAAUAAAGAAGAACGCCCCACAAAAGAACCGAGAAGAUUUAUUUCCUCUAUACUUGGAGGUGAAAUACCCUACGGCAGCCAUAGAGGCCACGUGCUCACACAAGCUGAACGCAAACAAUAUUUACCAGUUGCGGAAGAAAAGAAAUCCGACGAUAAGCCUCUCAUAAAAGAAGAGAAGGAUUUGGUGGACACCGAACCGAUAGUUCUUCCGGCGCAAAAUUCACCAGCACCUGAGUCAAUACCAUCCCCGUCUAUUGAUAAUGUUACAUGCCAAAAAGUUUCUGUUAUACAGAGGACACCAUCACAGUCUCAAUUUCGUGACAGCAAAAAAGAGCUAUCCGAAGUGAGCAUUCCGGCAACACUACCAGCGACCGAACCAGAGCAAGAUCAACCCAUCGAUUAUGCCAUUGCAAAAAAGCGUGGUGAAACUGAAGAUGAAGAAACAGAAAAGAAAAUUAGAGAACAAAGACGAACUAGUAGUUCAAAAAUUGCAAACGGUAUUUUGGCUCGACCGGCAUUUAUUCUUCGGAAUCGUCCUGGAACUAAAUUGCCGGGAAUUAUGAGUGCCGCGGCAGGACACGGAAGGUCAACUGGUGGAAGCAAUAGUAAUGGAAAUUCUCAAGCAAGUAGUGGUUCAGGCAGCUUUAAUUCCGGUAGUGGAGGUACAGCCCCUUCGUCAGGUGGUGGUGGAGCGCUCGGAGGUGGCUCAGGUAGCGGAGGAAACGGCAGGGACGGAAGGUCAAAUUAUGGUCCAAAUAGUCCACCCACAGGAAGUUUACCUCCUUUUUAUGAAACCUUAGGGCCGUCAUCUAAGAACGGUCAAAAUACUUUUAAUGCCAAUGGUAACUUCUCAAGUGAAUUUAAUAUUAUAAACGGAUUUAACAUGGACUGUGAAAACAAUGAUAAUACUAACACAAAUUUCCCAGAGCAAAGUAAACAAUAUUCUUUGAUGCAAAAUGCGCAUUAUGGUCUAGCUCUUAAAGAUGAAGAAAUAGAUUAUGAGAGCAAGCUAGAAAAUUUAGGAACCGUUGGAAGCUAUAACAACAAUUUUGAUGAGUCAAUGGUCGUUGACAUGGGGGAAGAUGUAAUUGACAACAAUCAAUUUUAUAAUACAUUGACAUUUGCACCGAAUGAAAGCAUUUUAGGAAACCUUUCUGAUUCGACCGAUGAUUUUGCUAGUUUGUUAAGUAAUCAUGUUGAAUCUAUUAACGAUCCAGAUUUACGAGAAUCUUCUUCUAUAACACCUGAUUCUGUUCAUAAUGCUGUAGAUAUUGAGUCGUUAGCAGAACAGGUCAAUUUAAGCAGACAAUAUUAUGAAAAAGCAAAUUACUUAGCAUUCGCUAGUCAAGAACAAAGCUCCACUUACAACUUUGCAAAAGAGCGACCAGACUUAUUGAUGCAAUUAAAUCCUGCUUUGCUACAACAUAACGAAGGCCAAAUGCAGCAACUGCAGAUUCACGUUCAAUUACAGCAAAGGCAACAAAUACUAUCUCCCGGUUUUCCAUUCACUAGUCAUUCUUUGGAACUGGAUUCGCCAACGGGCGUUUCACUCCCAUCUCCAGGCGGCAACAGCUCACUCGACGGAAACUCGCACAUCGAAAAUUCAUCUCUCAGUCCUGCUGCCGCUGUAAGUUUGAAGAAAGGCUCAAUCUCCGAUAGCAAAGUGCAAAUCUUGCAACAAAGGUUGGGUCUCCCGGCAGAGCUACCCCUAGAAUUCAUAAACGGCGGUCACGGCGUCAAAAACCCCCUAGCCACCGAAGCCAACGCCCGGCAAAGGGAGGAGGAGAAAAACAAACAAGUCUUAGUCAGCGAAGACGAUCCUACAAAAUUCGUGUGCAGGAUAUGCUCCAAAAAUUUCAGUUUGCAAAGGCUACUGAACAGACACAUGAAAUGUCACUCGGACGUCAAACGCUACCUGUGUACGUUCUGCGGCAAGGGUUUCAACGACACUUUCGAUCUGAAACGGCACACGAGGACGCACACCGGGGUGCGGCCUUACAAGUGCAACCUGUGCGAGAAGUCAUUUACCCAAAGAUGCUCAUUAGAAUCUCAUUGUUUAAAAGUUCACGGAGUACAACAUACUUAUGCUUACAAGGAGCGCAGGACAAAGAUGUACGUCUGCGAGGAAUGCGGCCACACGACGUCGGAGCCCGAGGAACACUACAUGCACCUCAAGAAGCAGCACCCCUACUCGCCGGCGCUGCUCAAGUUCUACGACAAGCGCCACUUCAAGUUCACGAAUGCUACUUUCGCCAACCAGCUGCUGGGCCAGUUGCCUAUGCCAGUGCAUAAUUAAGAUCCGCACGUGAAGAGUAUCUUUUACGAAUUUAUUCCGUCCUUUAAUAUUAGAAACCCAGUGCAUAUUACACAAAUUAGAUUCAUUUGUGAUGAUAAUAUUGUAUCGCAGGUAUGCAUUGUGUGGUGUAAACACCUCCGCUGUCUUCCAAACUUAAUUUAAUAACUAUGAUUCGGGUAAAAUCAUUGACAUUGUAUAAAGAUGAUCAGACGUACGAUGACACAAAUUAUCGGUAAUCGGGUAAUCAAAUAAAAUUAUGUGAAUCAAAAGAUGCUACAAGAAAAUUGUCACAAAAACCAUGCAAGGGACGGUGGAGCGAGAAGAGUUCCCUAGCUCAUGUCGACAAGAUAUUCAUCCCUUAUUUUUUAUAUUAUAAAAUAUUAUUGUAUCCCUAUUCUUAUAAACAAAAGCAUACAAAAUUUUCUUUUCGCACCCGAAACGCUUUUCGGAAACUUCCACGUCGAUCAUACUUCGCAUUCAUAAAUUUACAUUCCUGUUAAAAAGUGAUUUUGAAGAAGUAGUUUGUAUCCUGUAUAUCGAACUACGAAUUCUAGUUUAAAAUACCUUAAUUUUUUAAUGGUCCAGAAACAUCUGCCUCAGCUAGGCGCGACUGCAAUUAAAAAAUCAAAGUAUCGGGUAUUAUGUGCAAUCUUUGGUGAUGGUACGGGGUUAGUCGUAAGUAGGUUAAGUUCUAGCGCAUAAUUUACGUUGUAACAUUUCGUCUAAAGUGUCUUUCAUUUCGAGUCAGCACGACGUAGAUUGGAUCGACGCGUUUGGUGCUACGGAAAGUAUUAGAGCGUCGCUGACUCGGGAUGAAACCCUCAUGUGUCGGAUGACGUAUCUUGUCCGAUUCAUGACCGAAGUAGACCCACGUCUGCGACAUUGGGAAGUCUGUAAAAAUGUAUACUUUAAGGAAUCUCCCCUCGUUUAGUGAUAUUAGCUUCUAAUCUCCUCCGAUAUAACUCAUGUCACAAGUUAUUCGCGUUAUGUACUUAAUGUUAUGUUUGUUCGUUGUUGGUACUCAAUGUAACAGAAUGGAACUGUCCGCUCCUCGCGAGCCGGACGCGUGUUAAGUCGUACCGAGUUAAAUGCAUUUUUAGAAUAAUUUAUGUUAUUUAAAUUAUGAACUCGAACAGGAAUAGUCUGUGCUGUGAGUGUGUGAAUCGUUAUGUAUAAGUUAUUUAAAACUUUGUUAUAGCCGAAACGAAAUCGAUAUAGCGUUUGAUGUUAUAUGCUCAAUAUUGGUACGUUUGCGCUCUCCCGGCGAAACAUGUGGAUAUUAUGUAGAACUGUACAUAUCUAAAUUAAAUACGUAGUAAAAUUGGAACGUCUAAAUAUUUUAGUUGGUACCUAAUUAGAUUAUGAGAUUUUUAAUUAUUUUGUUAUGAUAUUGUGUACGAUUGGAAAACGUAGAUCUGAAUUGUAUAUUAGCUUAUUAUACGGCAUCCCGAGUUGUGUGAUAGCGCAGUGCCCCGACUCCUCUGUCUUGCAUUUACUAGAAUUUAAAACGAUUGUCAAUUAGUUUCGUAUCUAGAGACACUUUUGUUACUGUACUAAUAAGCAAUAUAUACAAAUU